CCCAAGCCCAGGCGUGAGAUGCUCAGUUGAUCUCCUUGCUGCACCACGACCAUCACCACACAACUGAUCCCACUUAACUUUUCCUCAAAAAAUACAUAUCAAAGGAACCGGCUUCUUUUAUUGCCAAUUGUCAAUCCAGCUCUGUACUUGCCAGUCAUGGUGUCUUGUCGCAUGCUGCAACGACGACUCUUCCGCCUUGUUUCCUCGCUCGUGUCGCAAUAGAAAACUCGAUUCCCAUCCUCGUCGCCCACCUUGUCGCCCGACUACUCCUGUCGAAUAACGUGUCAAUCAGACUCUCUAUCCGUCCUUACAUACCUGUCGACAUUUUAUUGGGUUGAAUCACAUUCUCCAACCUCUACCGACACCAUUUUCCACCGCGCCCCCCUGCAUCCAUUCUUCUCUCGCCUUGGUAGAGCCGCGGCCCCGGCUGCGAGCCAUGGGAGAAUCAGACACAAGAAGAUCCUCUCGAGCACGACCCGGUCAAUCACAAUCGCAGGCACCUUCUAGUUCUUCAAGUACAUCGGGACGCGCCGAACGGUCGUCCAGAUCAUCGACCAACAAAGUCCCGUCCCCACAACUUACUGCUUCAUCAGUUUCGGAACCACCAGACGACGGACUCGCUGUCGCCGAACCACUCGUCCGGUCUCUACGGAGCAACCGCGUGCGGGAAGCUGAUAAUUCUAGCAGAGAAAAGACUGCCGACGCCGGCGCCUACUCCAUGGCCUCCAGCGACAAUGAAGUCCAAGAGGACGACGAAUCUGUCCGCUGCAUUUGCGGGCUUGAAGACUAUCCCGGUCCGCCAGUGAUCAAGGAUGACCACAAACACGCCGCUGCCAAGGAAGCGUUAGAUCUUGAACCUUUCCUGGCGGCCGAUGUGCCGGAUGAAGUCGCAGGCUUUUUCCUUCAGUGUGAUGUUUGCAAGGUCUGGCAGCACGGCGGCUGUGUCGGCAUCCUGAACGCGGACUCGAGUCCCGAUGAAUAUUUUUGCGAAAAGUGCCGCAAAGACCUACACAAGAUCUCCGUUGCAAGCAAUGGACAACGAUAUUCACUCUACCUACCGGUCAAUCGCCCAUCCCGAUCAAAUUCUAGACACACAAUCAGCAAGGAGAAGGAAAAAGAGCCACCGAAGUCUCCUAAAGGCAGGGAAAGCAAAAGCAGUAGGGCUGCUGCUGCGGCACUUGCUAGUCACAAGCGUCGCUCAACUUUGAAUAGUCGCCAUGUGUAUGACGAGGAAGAAGAACUAAGACGUGCCAUUGAGGCAAGCAAAGAAGAGGCUGGCACAGGCGAGCCUUCCGAGGGCAGCACCAAGAGGGUAAAACGAGGUCGCAGUGACAGUGAAGAGAAAACCGAGUUUACUAAACGUCAACGAACCGGCUCUAGAUCUCCCACACCUGUCGACGAAAGCGCAAUUCAAGAUGACUCUGACGAUGGUCCAUCGAAAACCAGCUCGCAGAAGAGCAAGUCGCGAAAUCCUACGGUGCGAAACCAACAGCGGGAUCUGCAAAAAGCAGAAAAGGAAGAGCGCGAGAAACAGAAGGCCGAAGCUGCAAACAAGCGCAAGAGUCGUGCAGAGCGAAGGAGAGCUGAUGACUCGGAUAUCUCUGAAGAAAUUCCCUUGGCCGCUCGGACAACGACGGCUCGCUCCACCGCACCUGUUGCUGAGAUACCUCCUCCACCGCCUCCACCAAUAGCAGCUUCUCCUCAGCCAACACCUGAAGUAAAGACGGAUAAAAGCUCCUCGAAAUCGAAAAAGUCCGGAUCUCGGAAGAAGGGCCGUAACCAGUAUACCAAAGAUCGUGACCGUUCCCCGGGGCGGUCACAGUCUCGCGACGUCCCGGAUCCUGUUGCAGGUACAACAAGUGCGGGUGGCACUGGUCCAGGCCAAUCCAGGUCACGAAACGCAAGGACGCAAGCCAAGCAGGAGAAAGACAAAGAAAUGUCCUGGUUGGAUAUGGAGCGGCGCAUAGCAUAUUGGACCGAUUUCACCCAACGAGUGGAGCAGGAUCUUAACAUAGACCGUGAAGCGGCCGAGAAGAGAAAAGAAGAGGAGAAGGAGAGGCAGGCACGACAGAGACAGGAACAGGAAGCAGGUAACACGCAUACCGAGCGAGACAAGGCGAAUCGUUCAACUUGCGAAAGCACUACAAAGGCUUUGACGGGAAGUUUGGCCCUCAACGGCGCGUCAUCUACUGCAGCAGCCAAUUCGGGUUCCUUAUCGAGAAGCGACGUCAACGGCGCAUCACCGGGCGAGGGCCGGACACCAAUGAUCGCCGUUACGAACGGUGAUAGUGGGACGUUUGGGGCCAACCGUCAAGGAGAAAAGAGUGAAGGCCAGAUGAACAUCCAGGACCGGUUGGAUUUCAUCAAGGGGCAGAUCAAAUCAUGGCACACCGUAUUUGGUGUCGAUACGAGGUCAUAAACAGUGGCCUCGCAAAAACUGGGCGGAUAGGGAUUACCAAUCUUUGGUCAAUCACUUUCUUGGCGUAACCAGGCUGGCCGUCCCUGAAGCUCUCGAGUUUUCCAGUGUUUUCUGGGAUGGAUAGGCGCUGAUUGAGCAAGGAGAAUGCAGGGCUCUCUCUCUUUUUUUUUUGGUAUACCCGACAAUAACGGCGAAAGGCGAAGGUUUUUUAUUUUAUUUUUUUGUGACAUAUAGGUGUGACACGGCGUUCGUUGCUUGUUUGGUGGUCUAUUUACUUCCCUUUACGAGGGGCUGCCACAUGGUUUUGACAGGAACCAUAUGAAUAGCUUGCUUGGCAAUUGCAGGCCACGCAAGUGGCAUUUUUCUUCUUUAGCUGUAUGAUACUUGGGUAUAAAUGGGUUAUAUUCUUUUUGAGGACUACAGUACUGUACGCAACAUAUCGUUAAUGCCCAAGAUGUUGGAUGGGAUUGCUUUGAUCGGAUUGGGCUAUUAGGUAAAUAACCACGUUCCUGGACAAUUGGGUAAAAUCUCAACACUAAGCAUGCUGGCACUGGAUUUUGAUGUUAUCAUUCAUAUAUGUUACAUGUAUAGACAGUAAGUACCCAG